AGCUUGUCGAGGAAGAAGCGAAAAUGCUGACUUGAUGUGCAACAGAGUUCUUCCGUUUUCUUCUCAAAAGUAACGUUUUCUACAAAAAGGAAACAAAUAUGGGAACAUUCGAAGACUUCUGCGGAUCCGAGUUUUGGUCUGACAACCUAGCUUGGAAUACGUCACAGCCAGAUUUCACACCAUGCUUCCAGCAAACCGUUCUCAUCUGGUUGCCAUGUGGUUUCCUAUGGCUGGUACUGCCCUUCUACCUUACAGCCCUGUUCAAGGCGAAAGGCCCUGCCAUACCUGUUAACACCUUCAAUACUAUCAGGACGGUUAUUGGCAUGUUGAUAUGCUUUACGAAGCUCCUUGAUGUCCUGAAAGCAGCAGGAGACUUCAGCAAUUCAUCCCCUCCCCCUCUUGUGGGUAUUGUAUCACCAUCAAUACAGACUGUCACAUUUGUUGUCGCAACUAUUUUGGUGCAGGUAGAACGAGCGAAGGGGUUCCUGGCCUCGGGUGUUUUGUUUCUGUUCUAUGCUCUUCAGGUGCUAUGCGGAAUUGUACCGUUCUAUUCAAAGAUAUUACAUACAGAAGAUGAGGGGUCAAUAGACGACUUGUACCGCUUUGUCACAUUCUUCGUAUUUUACGGGCUGCUGUUGAUUCAGUUCCUCUUGUACUGUUUUGCUGACGAGCCUCCUCUGGAUCCGAUUUACACAAACGAGAAUGCAUGUCCAGAGCUGAAAUCUUCAUUCAUUGGAAGAUUGACUUUCUGGUGGAUGAAUGGGCUAGUUAUUCAGGGAUUCAAAAAGCCAUUAGAGGAAACAGAUAUAUUUGACCCAAAUCCAAGAGAUAUCACGCGAAAUAAUGCACCAGAAUUUAACGAAGCUUGGCAAAAGGAACUUAACAGAUGGAAAAGGAAACAAAACUUACAGAGACCGAAAUAUGAUCGACAAAUAUCCACCAAUGGCCGAGCUCCUCUCCUAGAAAAUGAUCCAGCAGAAGCCGAGGUUGAAAUCAAGGAUCCAAAGAAAGACAAAGGUGGACCUUCUCUUUUCAAGGUCCUCACAACAACGUUUGGGUCAAAUUUCAUCCGGGCAUGGAGCUGUAAAAUUGUUUAUGAUGUUCUUCAGUUCGUCAGUCCAAUGAUUUUAAAACUGAUGGUAGGAUUCACUGAGGACCUUGGCAUGGAAAUGUGGAAGGGCUACCUCUUUGCAGCUUUGUUUUUCAUCACAACACUAGUGCAGUCGUUCUUCUUUCACCAAGUCUUCCACAUCAGUAUUUGCUGUGGAACGAGGAUCAAGGCUUCGGUUAUUGCUGCAAUUUACAAGAAGGCUCUAACUAUGAGCAACGAUGCCCGCAAAGACUCGACAGUUGGCGAGAUCGUCAACCUGAUGUCCGUGGAUGCCCAGCGCCUGCAAGACGUUGCAGGUUAUCUCUGGAUGGUAUUCUCGGCACCCUUGCAGAUCACUCUCGCCAUCUGGCUGCUGUGGAAUGAACUUGGCCCGUCAGUCUUGGCCGGAGUCGGCGUGAUGAUUCUGUUGAUUCCGAUCAAUGGAGUUAUUGCUGGAAAGUCAAGGAAACUACAGAUAACCCAGAUGAAGCUGAAAGAUGCCCGUGUCAAGUUGCUAAACGAAGUUCUCAAUGGUAUCAAAGUGUUGAAGCUGUAUGCGUGGGAGAAGUCGUUUCAAGAUAAGAUAUCUGCUAUCCGAGAGAAAGAGCUGAUCACGUUGAAAAAAUAUGCUAUUCUCAGUGCCAUUGGGUCAUUCUUUUGGACCUGUGCUCCUUUUAUGGUAACUCUUGCAUGUUUCGGUGCAUUCGUAACAUCGUCUCCUGAGAAUGUGCUAACAUCCUCGAAGGCGUUCACGUCGCUUUCUCUCUUUAACAUUCUGAGAUUCCCAAUGAACUUGCUGCCCAUGAUGAUCAGUUACAUCAUUACAGCCAGUGUAUCCAUCAAACGUAUCGGAAAAUUCCUCAGUCACGAGGAUCUUGACUCUGACAGCGUACAACAUGAUGAAAAUGCACCUUACCCUAUUUACAUUGAGGAUGGUACGUUCAGCUGGGAAUUGAACCAGGAACCUAUCUUGUCAGACAUCAACAUUGAGAUACCAGACGGCGCACUUGUCGCUGUUGUAGGGCAAGUUGGAGCUGGAAAGUCCUCUCUUCUCUCCGCUCUACUUGGCGAGAUGGUCAAGGGCAGGGGACGUGUCAACGUCAGGGGCUCUGUUGCAUACGUUGCGCAACAAGCUUGGAUCCAGAAUGCAACACUUAAGGACAACAUCCUGUUUGGUCGUCAGAUGAACGAGAGCCGCUACCACCAGGUGAUCGAUGCCUGCGCUCUCAAACCAGAUCUUGCGAUUCUACAGGGUGGGGACAUGACAGAAAUCGGUGAAAAGGGAAUUAAUCUUAGUGGAGGACAGAAGCAACGUGUAAGUCUUGCCCGGGCCGUUUAUGACGAUGCUGGUAUCUACUACCUGGAUGACCCACUCAGUGCCGUUGACUCCCAUGUGGGAAAGCACAUCUUUGACAAGGUGAUCGGACCAGAGGGAAUCUUGAAAAAUAAGACACGCAUCCUGGUGACUCAUGGAGCCCACUGGCUGCCAUUUGUAGACCAGGUCAUUGUACUUAUGGACGGGCGGAUAUCAGAGGUGGGAUCAUAUGAUGAGCUUCUCAGCCAUGAUGGACCAUUCGCACAGUUCUUGAAGACGUACCUCCUCAAUGGGGAGGAGGAGGAGGAUGAAGAGGAAGACCCAGAAAUCCGUGACAUCAAAACCCGUAUCCUUCAGAGGGUAGAGAGCGUGACAUCUGAUGCUUAUAGUGAUACAAGUGAUCAAGAAGGCAGAAGUCCAAGGCGACGUAACAAGUCGACGUCAUCACCUCCAGUCCUGCAGAGGGCAUUGUCAAGAGACUCUCUCAAGGGCGAGAAGAAGGUGGAAAAACUCCCGCAGGAGAAAGAUAAGUUGAUCGAAGAUGAGAAACGUGAGGUUGGAAAGGUCAGAUGGACAGUCAUCCUCGAUUACCUGAGCGCCCUGCGUCUUGGCCUGGUUCUGCCCUGUCUCUUGAUGUUUACCCUGUAUCAGGCAGCAUCGGUCGGUGCCAAUGUCUGGCUGAGCGUUUGGACUGAAGACCCAAUCAUGAAGAACGAAUCCAUCGCAACUAAUUCAUCCGCCUACGUUGCAAAGCGUGAUUUUUACUUGGGAAUUUAUGGAGGAUUGGGUGUUGCCCAAGCUGCCUUUGUGCUGGUGUACGCCAUUGGGUUUGCCAUCUGUACUGUUCUGGCUUCUAGACGUAUGCAUCUGAAUAUGCUGGCAAACGUCCUCAAAGGACCAAUGUCCUUCUUCGAUACGACACCUAUUGGCAGAAUCGUAAACCGCUUUUCACGAGACAUCGAGACAAUAGACAACAUCCUACCGCAGACAUUUAAGUCGUACAUCAACACUUUGUUUACUGUGAUCAGUACAGUUGUGGUGAUAUCGUACAGUACGCCAGUGUUUUUGGCAGUUGUUGUCCCAAUUGCAAUAAUCUAUGUCCUCAUCCAGAAAUUUUAUAUUCCCACCUCGCGUCAGCUGAAGCGUAUCGAGUCCACGACGCGUUCGCCGAUCUAUGUUCACUUCAGCGAGACGAUCACGGGUGCGAGCACGAUCAGAGCCUACAUGAAACAGGCCAUGUUCAUCAGAACCAGUGAGGAACAGGUGGACAAGAAUCUGGUCUACUAUUUCACUGGUAAUUCAGCCAACAGGUGGCUUGGAUUCCGACUUGAGUUUAUUGGCGGCCUUGUUGUGUUUUCUGCUGCCUUGUUUGCCGUCCUAGGCCGAGGGACGAUCACCGGGGGUAUCGUUGGUCUCUCUAUAUCUUAUGCCUUACAGGUCACGGGUAGCUUGAAUUGGAUGGUACGCAUGUCCAGCGACUUGGAAACCAACAUUGUGUCCGUCGAGCGCGUGAAGGAGUAUGCUGAGAUUGACACAGAAGCUGAAUGGUACAGCCAGGAUAACCCACCACCAAAUGACUGGCCAGCGACUGGUCAAGUUGACUUUGAUAACUUCUCCGUUCGGUAUCGAGAUGGUCUUGACCUUGUCCUCCGAGGAAUCACGUUCCACAUCAGUGGAGGUGAGAGGGUUGGCAUCGUCGGGCGAACUGGAGCCGGGAAGUCCUCCCUGACGGUGUCGCUGUUCCGUCUGAUCGAGGCUGCCGGUGGAAGAAUCGUGAUUGAUGGGUGUGACGUGGCAAGGAUGGGACUGCAUCAGCUUAGAUCAAAGCUUACCAUCCUUCCUCAGGAUCCUGUUCUGUUCUCGGGAACCCUUCGCAUGAAUCUCGAUCCAUUUGAUGAGUAUUCAGACGCACAGAUCUGGAAUUCACUGGAAAAUGCUCAUUUGAAGAAGUUUGUAAGGGGGAAAUCUGAAGGCUUAUUGUUUGAAUGCGGCGAAGGUGGACAGAACUUAAGUGUUGGGCAACGCCAGCUUGUCUGCCUUGCAAGAACCCUGCUCCGAAAGACCAAGAUCCUCAUUUUAGAUGAAGCAACUGCAGCGGUUGACCUUGAAACAGAUGACCUUAUUCAGAGAACGAUCCAAACGGAAUUUGCCGAUUGCACAAUUCUGACCAUUGCUCACCGAUUGAAUACUAUAAUGGACUAUGACAGAGUCAUGGUGCUGGAUGCUGGAAAAGUAAAAGAGUUUGAUUCUCCGUCGAAUCUAUUGAAGGACAAGAAAUCUGUGUUCCAUGGGAUGGCAAAGGACGCCGGACUGGUCUAGAUACAUUUGCCUGGGAUGUGAAAUCUCUGUUUUUAGACAGAUUUCCCUCUUUCUCAUUAUGUAGAAAGAUGAAGAUGACGGCAGAAACUGAAAGGCCUACAAGUAUGACUUAGCUCUGUGUAGAACUUUGAAUAGCCUGGCAUGUUUGUAGAAACUACUUAAAUACAUUCCAUGCUAAUUGUGGCCUUCUUCAGUGUUAUAGGCCUACUGUAAGCUGUAAGUAAAUUAAGUUGGGAUAGGUUAUUGGGCAACACAAAGCACUAGUAGAGUCAAUAUUUUUCGCAGUUGUUCACUUUCCACAUCUCACAAUUGAGUUUAAUGAUCAUUUUCAACUAGUUUUCACCAAAAAGAGCUAGUAAAAUAUAUGUUCCAUGAUUCUCACUUGUUCCAAGAACUGAGCUCAAAUUUUAUUUGCUCAUUAUUUCAUGAAAUUGUGACUUUUGGAAAGUGAUGUACAUGUUGCGUCUUCUUUAGAGCUUUUAACUUCACGUCUGCAAUUGACCAGCCCUAUUAUGACUCCAACAUGUAAAUCCAUCACCUGUUAUGUGUUAUGUGUACUAUGUAAUGUCUGUAUGUGUAUGUGAAGAAGUAUUUCCAUCCAUUGUACAAAACGGUGUAUAUUAUAUUUCUUCGAUUUUAUAGAAUUAUAUUAGCUAUUGCACAGUGCUCUAGUUCAUUAAGUUGCCAACAAUUUCAGUUUUGCAAGGCGUUGCAGAUCAUUGGGACCUCAACAGCCUUUACGGUUUCCACUGCACCAUUCACAACACUUGACAACUCUAAAUUGUAGAUGUUUAUCAACUGACCCUUGGCUGUGGUCCCCCCCUCCCUAAAAAAAACCAACAAAAUAAUAACUCGCAGAUGUUGAUUUGCGGCUUCUUUAUAAGUACCGUUAGGACACAAGUUUUAGUAUGAUGUUUGAAUGCAUUUGAAACAAGACUUUUACUUUGUAUAUAAUCCUGUCACUGCUGUGCAUGUUGAAAGAGUCCCAAACGGGUCUGGUACAUCACACAUUGAACAAACACAAUAGUUCAUGGGAUGAGCUUUAAAUUGUAUUUAAAUUGUUUCUUGAAUCCAAUUAUUUGGAGAGAGGAGGAAUUAAUUUAAAAUCAUCAUGCAAAACAUAGAGAUAUUUUUACAUUUUGUAGUUGUUGAUUUGUUAGUUAAAUAUUAGUUUAAAUUCUAGUGAUCUAUUUAAUAGACUUCUCUGAUUUUCUUGUACAUAUAACAAAUUUUAUUAACCUGUGAUUAUGAAGAACCUGUUGAAGAAAAUAGAUUGUUUGAACUUGGUCAAAGAAUGGGGGCAAUCAAAAAGGGGUUGGGACAUGCCACUGCUUGCGAGUAAGGGUAGCAGAAUCUGGGACACAUUUCACAAUACUCAUGUAUGCCAAUAGCUUUAAAGCUCAAAUAAAAUGCAAGGGACCGGUGGUAAUGAAACUUCCUGGAUAGAAGGUAACAGAGAUAGAGAUGUGGUAUUAGCGAAAACAUUCACAAAUCAAUUGUAUAUUUAUGUGUUGAGGAUGGUUACCAAGUCUUUAUUUUCUGUGAGGUAACAUGAACCCGUUUCCAUUUUUGGCUAAUAACCCAAAUUCUCUUUGUUGCAUCAAAAAAGUAUCAUUAAUAAAAGAAAAUAUUCCUUAAA